GCCGCCUUUACUCCACAUCCAGGCCUCCUCAACCCCUCCUCCCCCUCCGCCAGCGCAGGGCAGCCACACAAGCGUUGGCUCGAUUCCAGAGAGGCUCCGAUCCUGCAGCCACGUCAAUCACGUCUUCACCGCUGGCUGCGGGGCGGCCCUCGUGGCCGGGAUGCCACUGUGUGCCGUGCCAGUCCACAGUGGACGGUGAGGGGCAAGAGGAGGGGACCGAGUGCAGGAGACUGAGAGGAGGCGGCCCGCACCAAACAGGAGAAAUGAACCUCUGCUGGAACGAGAUCAAACGCAAAUCCCACAACAUCCGGGUGCGGCUAGAGGCCUUCUCCGACAACAGCGGGAAGCUGCAGCUCUCUCUGCAGGAGAUCAUAGAAUGGCUGACAGCCAAGGACGAGGAGCUGUCGGAGCAGCUGCCCAUAGGAGGCGACGUGGGGGCCGUCCAGCACCAGAGGGAGUUCCACCAGGCGUUCAUGGAGGAUGUCAAGUCUCGCGGGCCGUUCAUCUACUCAGUCUUGGAGUCUGCCCAGGCCUUUCUGGCUCAGCAUCCCUUCCAGGAGCCAGAGGAGACCCUGACCGAUGGAAAAGAGGUCUCUCCACGCCGGCGAAUCUUAAAUGUGAGCCGCUCAGUGUGGAAGCAGGCAAACGUGGCCAGCGACCUGUGGGAGAAGCUGACGGCACGCUGUGUGGACCGCCAUAGACACAUGGAGAGGACAUUAGAGCGUCUGCUCCAGAUCCAGGCGGCGAUGGAGGAGCUGGCAGUGGCCCUGGAGCAGGCAGAGGGGGUGAGAGACGCCUGGGAGCCCGUAGGAGACCUCUUCAUCGACUCUUUGCAGGACCACAUAGACGCCACCAAGUUAUUUAAGGAGGAGCUGACCCAAGUGAAGGAGGGCAUGAAGCACAUCAAUGAUCUUGCCCACCAGCUGGCUAUCUCUGAUGUCCAUUUGUCGAUGGAGAACGCCCGCGCCCUGGAGCAUCUCAACAGCAGAUGGAAAGUGCUUCAGGCUUCCAUAGAUGAGCGGCUGAAGCAGCUCCAGGAUGCACAUAGAGACUUUGGCCCCGGAUCGCAGCACUUCCUUUCCAGUUCAGUGCAGAUACCGUGGGAGCGUGCCAUCUCCCCGAACAAAGUGCCCUACUAUAUCAACCAUCAGGCCCAGACAACGUGCUGGGACCAUCCAAAGAUGACAGAACUGUACCAAGCACUGGCGGAUCUGAACAACAUCAAGUUCUCGGCAUACAGAACAGCCAUGAAGCUGCGGCGAGUUCAGAAGGCUCUGAGAUUGGAUUUGGUGGCGCUGAGCAGCCUUGUGGAGGUGUUUCGGGAGCAGGAGCUGCAGCAGGGGGAGCAUGUGAUGGACGUGGUGGAGAUGAUCCAUGGCCUAACUGCUCUGUAUGAGCGGCUGGAGGAGGAGAGGUCCAUCCUGGUCAACAUUCCACUUUGUGUUGACAUGUGUCUCAACUGGCUGCUCAACGUCUACGACAGUGCUCGUAACGGCAAAAUGCGAGUUCUGAGCUUCAAGAUGGGAUUGGUGAGCUUGUGCAACGCAGACGUCCAAGAGAAGUAUAAAUAUUUAUUCCGUCAGGUGUCUGGUCCUGGAGGUUUGACAGACCAGCGUCACCUCAGCCUGCUGCUCCACGAAGCCAUUCAGAUCCCCCGCCAGUUGGGUGAAGUCGCUGCUUUUGGGGGAAGCAACGUGGAGCCCAGCGUCCGUAGCUGCUUCCGCGUGGCCCCAGGGAAACCUGCCAUUGAAGUGUCUCACUUCCUGGAGUGGAUGAGCCUGGAGCCCCAGUCGAUGGUUUGGUUGCCUGUCCUCCACCGCGUGGCUGCUGCAGAGUCGACCAAGCACCAGGCCAAAUGUUACGUCUGCAAACAGUGUCCCAUCAAGGGCUUCAGGUAUCGCAGUCUGAAGCAGUUCAAUGUGGACAUCUGCCAGACAUGUUUUCUAACCGGCCGCACUACCAAGGGAAAGAAGCUGCACUACCCCAUCAUGGAGUACUACACACCAACAACCUCGGGGGAGAAGAUGAGGGACUUUGCCAAGACUCUGAAAAAUAAGUUCAGGUCGAAGCAGUACUUCACCAAGCACCCGCAGAGAGGUUACCUGCCGGUGCAAUCUGUGCUGGAAGCCGAGAGAUCUGAGACGCCGUGCUCCUCACCUAAGCUGCCCCACGCAGACACGCACAGCAGGAUUGAACACUAUGCCAGCAGAUUAGCAGAAAUGGAGAGCCAGAAUUGUUCUUUCUUCACGGACAGCCUGUCUCCUGAUGAAAGUCUGGAUGAAGAUCAGUACCUCCUGCGUCACUCCAGCCCAGCCUUGGACCAUGACUCACCCUGCGGACAGCACAUGCUGCUUGCCCACCUGGAGCACCAGGACAAGGAGCAGCUCCAAUGCACCCUGGCCCGCCUGGAGAAUGAGAACAGGGUGCUGCAGAGCGAGUACAGGAGGCUCAAGUGGAAGCACGAGGAGGCAGCGUCGGUGCCCAUGCUGACCGAGGCCGGAGAGGGCGGUCCGGGUUCACCCACAGAGGGAGGGCAGCAGGAUGAGGAGCUCCUGGCCGAGGCACGAGUCCUGCGGCAACACAAGACGCGCCUGGAGACCCGUAUGCAGAUACUGGAGGACCACAACAAACAGCUGGAGUCCCAGCUUCGCAGGCUCAGGGAGCUACUGCUACAGCCCAAAGAUGACUCAGAGGCCAACGGAUCAGAGCCGUCAACCCUGUCUUCUCCUGUGUCUGGAGGGGGUCACCACGGGGAGCCGGCCAGCAGAGAGACCACUGACACUGAAGCAGCAGGGGAUGAUAUGGAGCACGAACAGGAUACGGUGCUGCAGCUCCAGGAAGUCAUCGAGCAGCUGAGAAACGUCUUCCCUUCAGAACCGGGCACCACCUCACACAUCUAACCCCAUGUGGGCCUGGAGGAGCAGAGUGAAAGCCUGAAAGGACGCCUGAUGGCAGAGGGAGGGGCUCCACACGGCUGAGGUCAGGCCACAGUACACCAGGCCCCUGUGACCACUGCAGCAGCUAUGAUACCCAGAGCUAACCCUCGACUGGAAUCUGUGCACUAAAAGCCUUUUUCAUGCAAACUGCCGAAGGCUCACGCUGAUGUCCGUUUGGCCGGGCUGCGCCUCGUAACUUCAGCGGCGCAGCCUGACGCUAUGUUAACGAGCCAAAGGAAACUAACGUUAGCAGCAGGUUAGGGAGAGACUAAAGUAACAGGAACACGCCCAGCCAAGACACUGUGCUUACCAGUAUCUGUGUAGUCGUCCGGAGGUGUGAAGCUUUAUAUGUCCACAGCACAAAUUGGACCUUCCGUGAGGAGAACUUUAAAAAAUGCAAAAAGGAAUAUGAAGAAUAUCCCCUUGUUUUGUCAGAAUGCCUGUAUCUUCAGUGUUUUAUUUUCUCCUUGGAUGUGUUAUCAUGGUUGUUAUUUUUGUUUGUGUUUUUUGCAGGGAGGUGGUGCGCUAAAGCUUGCGAGAGUAAACUAGAUCAGGGCUGGGCUGACUGCAUUUCAUGUGGCUGCGUGGCGCACAUUGUCAGGGGGUUGACAGCACCCACAACGAGCUUAUUUACUUUGUGAGAAUGACACAUCAUCAGUUAAAUCCAUGAUUUAUUUAAGACAGCCAAAGUGCCCGCUAGCACAGCGCCUCUGUAUGCACACACUGUGUUCCUCUAAUCCUCUCAAACUGCUUGUCGCUCUCAUUGCUCGCCUCUCCUAAGUGAGCCCUUUACGCUCGUACAGAACCACGCGCACUCACCGUACACACACACACACACACACACACACACACACACACACACACACACACACACACACACACACACACAUGUACGCUGCUACAUCCAGGCUCUCUAUUUACAAUGCACCCUUCCUUCAUUGUGCACAAAAGGCUCCCUGCAUGAUCAAUAACAUGUGCCAUGCUGCAUCACUAAAAAUACAGACAUAAAAAUGGAGAUCCAUUUCAUCUCUUUGGCUCGCCGGAUUUAGAAGCGCUCUCAGUUUUGAGCCAAUUUGUAUUGUGGCUGAAAUUGGGUUUUGUUGAGGAAAUGUCUGCCGAUAAAUAUCAGCAUGCAGGCGCCUGCUCUGGGAUCUUAGCGUUCUCCUGCUGUGUGCGGAGAAAGAGAAGGAAGCAGCUCCAGGCGAUAGUGCUGCGAGGCUGAAGCUCUCUCCCUCUUUCUCUUUGCUAGGCCAAUUGACACUACAGGGGGGCAACACCACUAUAACGUGGUCCUACACUGACAUCAUCCCUAAUAAUCCCUCUUCGCCAUGUAGAUGUGAAAAGAACAGUAGCUAUUGAUUCUACAUGCCUCAUUUUCCCGCACUAAUGCGUACUUAAUUGCUUUUAGAUUUACAAAGAAGACGAGUGGUUAAAAUGGCUUUGCCCUCAUCGUAUCAGGGUCGUUGGGAGCGUUCUGUUCUAAACAUAGCACAGUCAAUGAAUGCCUUAAAACCAAACUGAAUCCAUAUAUAACAAGAGUUAGUCUUUAUAGGCUCUUUUUUUCAUUAUUUUUACAUUCAGGGAAGGAGGUUGCAUCAGGAGGAGUGUGUUUUUGUACAUCAGGAGGAGUGUGUGUUCAUGCAAUGAAUGUGGGCAAACAGGAAGAAUGGUGAAGCGUGGAUCGCAGAGCAUGAACAACCAUACGUUGCAACCAGUUAAAUAGGGCUUUUAUGGGUGAACCCGUGAUGCUGGGGGUGCUUGGAGGGACUACAGAUCUGACAAACAAGAGAGGAAAGGUUGGAAAAAAACCCCAAUCCAUUUAUUGCUCGAGGGCUGGUGGGAGAGAUCCACUUUGAUGUGCCUGCCACAGCGAAAUCUCCAGAAGCAGGACAAGAGGAUGCCUGAAAAAAGUAAGCUGUGGCUCUUUGUGUUUCUCGGCAAAUCAUAACGCCUCAUUCUCACAGAAAACGCAGAUAUACCCAGUUAGGAAUUCAUCCUAAACCUUAAAACGGCACUCUGACCUCACACACAAGUUUGAAACCCGUGUGCUGCAUUCAUUACGGGCUCCCCCUCCAGGCACACAGCGCUCACAUUUUGACAUCGUCCUCCUCAGCACUCGCUGCCUGUUAGUUUUGAUACUGUUGCUAGGGAACUGUCCCCAAGGAUGCAGUUCCACAGGUUUGCAAGUUGGAAAGGUGAUGUACCGUUCAUAAUACAAAUGCUAAUAGCCUUAAGGGAAGCAAGAGAGAGCGCCCCUUUUUAGUCUUCUCCACUUCCUCCUCCCCUGAAGCCUGUUGCUGUUUAGCUGCUGAAGACAGUCAUUAUCAUCUGUUGGAUCCAUCUCCACAUGUGCAUCACUUAAAGAUUUGCUCUGGUGAAGCGCUCACAAGUCAGAACAAAGAGCAGCAGCUCGGCUUGUGGGUGAAAAAAAAAAGAAAAGAAUAAGCCAUGACAAGUAAUGUUUAUUCAUAGACAUUAAUUUAUUGGUAUUCACACAUCUCAUUACGCAUUGAUGAUCGCACUUUUAUCUCCAUACAUAAAAUGAUGUAACAGUGACAGCGUGCGAAAAGAGGAGAGGAGUAACUCCCUAUAGGGCUGCCUGUCAUCAUAAGCUGUGUUUAUUUUAAGACACUAUAGAGGGCAGAUUGGAAUAAAUACAGUGGGUGGUUACACGAGUACGGAGGCCCUGAGAGGCAGGUGAUGAUUUUACUGUUUCCCCCAUCUGUGUAAACAGGUGUUUGUUGUAAUGCUAAUUUCGGCCACAAACGUGCACAACUAUCCUAUGUUCGAAAUGCGAUUACAAGCAUUCAUGUUCCUUCAGGGUGAAUUUAAUUUCUCUAUGCACUCUAAACACAAGUCAUUGUGUGUUAGCAAGUUAUAUAACAUUAUUGUCAUGUCUCUCUUUUGGCCAGAAAUGUAUUUUAAUCAGUGCUAAUCUGCCAUUAGCCUUCUGCCCGGACCUCGCCACAUCACGGGUCUGCUCUCUGUGCAACUUUCAACCAAGGAGGACUCUUAUACAUCGCCAGGGUGGGUGUCAGAAAAAGGCAUCAGGUAUAUUUAUUCGGGGUGUUUGGUGAUUUAUAUUAAGCAUGUUAUCUCUGAUUCGUGAAUGCAACAUAUAGGCCUACUGACGGUAGUGGUAGCCCGCUAGCUAGCGAGUGAAAAACAUCGAACCAACAGCUAACUAGGGCUGCAACUAACAAUUAUUUUCAUUGUCAACUAAUCUGUCGAUUAUUUCUUCGAUUAGUCAACUAAUCAUUUUAUCGAAAAAUGUGUUAAAAUGUUGAAAAAUGUCGGUCUGUCGCUCCCAAACCCUAAAAUUAUUUCAUCUAAUGUCUUGUUUUGUACUCACGUCAAAGGGUUUUAGUUCACCAUCAUGGGAGAGUGUGUAAAGCUGCAAAUAUUUGAACGGAAGAAGCUGCAAUAAGAGUAUUUUGGGGCACUUAGUACUUUUCUGUGAAAAAUGACUCAGACCGAUUAGUCGACUACUAAAAUAGUCACCGAUUAUUUUAAUAGUCGAUUAGUCGACUAAUCGUUGCAGCCCUACAGCUAAGUUUAUUAGUUCUAUAACGUUAGUCAUGGUAACAGUGACACCUCACUCCUUAUUGGUGGGAUGUUUUACCAAUAUUUUUUUUUAAAGAUUAGAAAAAACACCUGUUUUCAGUGAUGAAAAAAAAACUGAAAAAUUGAUUGUGUAAAAAUAAUAUUUUUCACCUGUUUUCACGAAUGAAAAAAAAAAAAAUAUAUAUGUAUUUUUCACCUGUUUUAAAGGAUGAAAAAAAACUUGGAAAUGGAUUCUGGAAAUUAAAAUAUUUUCCACCUGUUUUAGAAAAAUGAUGAGCAGGAAAAAAAAGUCUUUCUUGCCUCUCGGGGCUUCCGUAGUAAUGUAAUGGACCCACCUAGUGUAUUUAUUUCAGUCUGCUUCCUCCAUUUUGUCUUAAAUAAAUGCGACCAAUGGUGACAGGCAGUUUGCCUCUCAGGGCUUCCUUACACGACACAGUAUAUGACCAUAUACAGUUUGUCCCCUCGUGUCGCUCUGCUGCUGUUUGACACCAGUGUCUAAAUUAACUCUGAUGGUCAUUCAGCUGCAGGAGAGCAUCUGAUCCAUGUACACAUCUCUGCACUGGUAGUGACUCCCUGUAUUCCCUACACACAUGCCGAAACAUACCCUGCUCCCUGUGGCGUGACUGAGGUUGUGUGAUUGAAGAAAGCGGCUCUCCACUAGAGACGAGCGUCACCCCAGAGAGGACACUGCUGCUAUCUCUCUCCAGACUUCUGUUACUGCAUGUAGCCAGCCAACACGCUGACGAUCAUCACGCCCCUGCCUCUGUGUCACAGACCUCCAUGUUUACUAUCAUGCAUCUAAGCUUGUAUGUCACCUCUCACAUAACAGGGCAAUGAAUCACCUAACCUCAAACAAGGUGUUGAUUACACUAACACGUACAGUAUAUACACACACACUCAUACCUUACUGGUGAACUGAGUUUUCUUUUUUUUUUUUUUUUAAUCACCAUUAAUAUACCUCAUUAAUCACUCAGAUGUUUAUCGUUUAAUGGUUUUGAUUUGAUGUUAUUGUCCGGCACUCAAACACUUCUUGCUGUCUUUUCUCUGGAGUUUUUAAUCUGUAUAAAAAGUUUUCUGAAGAAAGGCUUUUUACUGUAAUAACAAGUGGGUUACUGGCUGCUUUCUACUCUUUGUGUACAGAAAUAAAAACUUUGUAUUUGGCAAACUCAUUG